AUGGUCGUCCUGACCUGCCUCACCGUUUUGCUUGCUAAGAUAGGCUCCGUGCUGAACCUGGAGGAGGCGCUCUUCAACGGUAGCCUCAGCUUCGGAAUCAACUUGUCUAAUUUGUUUACGGACAAUCAUGUGAAGGUAAGCGAGUUGAAGAUAAAUGCCGCCUACCUGUUUGAUCCGUCUCCCCGAAUCGAUUUGAACUUGGCAUUAUCGGCCCUAAAGGGGGUACACGCUAUCGGCGAGAGGGGCAGCAGUGGUGGAAGCGAAUGGGAGGAUACUUCCACGACGGGGGGUGCCUCCCCCUAUGGAGGGGAAACAAACCCGUGGAGCCGCAUAUCCAGAGAGGCCUUCUUUAAAAAGAAUGAGCAGCACACGGAAGAGUUCAUGAAAGGCAUGCCCAUGCCCUACCACAUAAACAACAUUGCAGAUGCGGUUCGCGAGAUAAACUUUUAUUUCAACCAAAGGAGGAAGACCCACCAUGAGGAGCUGCUCUACAGAGGAACAUACAGACCGGAGAUUUACACAGAUGGGUACAUCAUCAUAGCAAUAACUUUUAUGUACACUUUUUGUAUUAAAAUAAUUUUGGAGGGAUACAUUCGAGGGAAGAACGUUGCGAAGAAGUAUAUAGCGAAAGUAUCGACUUUAUUUUGCUUCUUUUUAAUUUUAAAAAAUUUGUUGAGCUACUUUCCAGCCAUGUUAUCCUCAACCGUUUGUCUCAUCAUGACAUUUUAUUUCUACUCCAUUUCUAUGAACCCUUGCGAGAAAAUACCUUUUUUAAAAAAAUACAGCAUCAAAAAAGAACCCAUAGGAUGGGUUCUAAUCGUAUUUGCAGAAUCGAUUCUAAUUGGAAAUAUAUUAUACCAUGCUGUAUGUACCCCCAGAGUGUUAAUCAUUUUGGCUAGCUAUAUUCCAAGUGAAGCGUUACUGAGGAUGGCUUGCCUCCUUUUUCUUCUCCUCAUUGGAUACUUCAUAUUUUUACUAAUGAUAAGUAACCUGGUGUCAGCGAAGAAGGCACAGAAUUUUGUAUUUUCCUUCACCUCAUCCUAUUUAAUUGUAUCCUGCUGUACAUACUUUUACAAUGUGUUUUCUCUUAAAGUGUUAAGCGAUACGAGCAUAUUUCAGAUCGAGCCCAUGAUGUUUUUUUCCUAUUCUCCUAAAUUUGUUUUUAAUGCUCAGAAUGGAGUUGCGUUGGCUUUCACGUUUGUGAUCACCGCCUUGUCUAUGUCCAUGCCCAAGUUGCUGAAAGUCACCAGGGGGUACUCCGCCCAGGGGGGGAAAAGGAGAAAGGGGGACUCCUCCUCCGCUUCGCGCGGCGCCUACGACGUUAUUCUGAACUGCUUCGCUUAA